ACCCCGCAGCCGCAGACCGCACUCCUCGCCAGUCGCCUCCGCUCGACCUCGAGUCCCCUCCCCGCCAGCCGCCAGCCGCCCUCCCCUUCCUGGCACCCCCGGCCCAAGCCCACACUGGCGGCUCCACCAGCCGGCCACCGCCGGGCGCCGGCCGCACUUCCCUCCCGGCUCCCCCUACUCCUGCGCCCUACUAGCGGCUCCACCUGCCGGCCGCCGGCCCAGUUGCACACCUGCGCCUUGCGCGGCCGCGCUGGCUGGAGGCCCAGGCUGCCGCGUGCCACCGCGGCGCCGCUCGUCGCCUCCCGCCGCGGCGUCGCCGCCUGCUGCCUCCUGCCCUGAGCAGUGGUCCCCGACGCGCAGCAGUACUGCAGCAGGCGCACGUACUACACGGCACGCGUGAGGGGCAGGGGCACGCCCAAUAGCAAUCAGCAAGACAACAACGGCAAAUCCACUUGUGUUACCGAUGUCAGGACCCCUCUUAUCCAUGGCUCGCAGCCUCGUCGCGCGCCACUUCCUCCCGCACCUGCGCCUGCAGGCGCCGCGGCCCCUGCCUAUUCCACCACUGGCUCUGGGCAUGAUUACGCGCUGUGUUGGCCCGUCGUCUUCUCCAGUUCUGGCGCCUCAAGGAACACGAUACGUUGCCGACAAUCGCUCACACUACGAUCUGUUUGGUAAAAGAAGACCGGGGGAUGAAGAGUUCAGAAAAGCUUGGCAAGAGGAUAUUGAUGAGGAAGACUGCCUGUGGACAGGUAGUGAAGAUGACGAUGAUGAGGAAGAUAGUGAUACAAAAUUGGAGAGGGAAAUUAAGAAAGUAAAGAGGCAAGCCAAGGAAAAUGCAAAUCUUAUUGAUGCUGAUGACAGUGAUGAGUUAAGAAGCAUAUGCCCUGAGAGUGAUGAAGACGAUAUGACUCUCUGGAGUGGCAGUGAAGACGAUGAUGAGGAUGAUAUUCCCUCCGAGGCACAUCCCAGUGAACGCAGCGAUUCAUAUAUUGAUAAGGUGUUUGAAUUUGAUGAGUCACCAAAGUACCGCACAAUUUCAGAGCUGUUGAAAGCAGAGAAUGAACCACCAGAGCUGUCUCCAGGAAAGCAAGCAAGAAAACUUGCCGUAGAAAAUGCUCUUAAGAAGUUGAAGAAAGGCCCUGAUGGACGCUACAUUAACGUAUUCGAUGUUGUCACUGAUAUAGAUAUCCUUAUUGGAGCAUUUGAGAAUAUUGUUUCAGGACCAGAAUAUGCAGAGCUGCGGGAGGGUGGACCAAAAAAGCUCAAUAUACAGUUCUUUAAGGAUAUACAAGCACGCAUGAGGGACCCAAAUUUCAAGUUUUCUCCAGAGUUGAAGUUAAAACCAAAGAGUAAGUUAGUAUCUAGGAAAAAGUGGCAGAAAGCAAAAGCAAGGAAGAGGAAAAAUGACAGACGUUGAGCUGACAUCGUACAUUGUAAUGUAUUCAUCUUUUUUUCCUAUCAUCUGAAUGCUUUCUUCAGAUGGUAGAUGUAUUAUCUGUAGUGUAUGGCAGAAGCACUUACAAAUACCAUAUAUGUUCGUAUGAUUCCCAUUUGAUGUCUGUUC